AAAAAAAAAAAAAAAACAAGAAAAUAUGAGACUGGUCGUAUUAUUUAGUUUGGCAUUUAUAAUAUGCCAAAGUUCUAUGAUCGAUGGUUAUAGAAUUUUAGGUUUAUUUCCAAUAAAUGGUAAAAGUCAUUGGGUCAUGAUAGAAGCAUUGAUGAGAGGAUUGGCAGAACGUGGUCAUCAAGUAGACGUAUUUACAUUUUUUAAAACUAAAAAUCAACAUACUAAUUACAAUGAAAUUUUAAUUACGGAUAAUAUCGGUAGUCCUGUUAAUAAUGUAACAGCAACGGACAUCCUACGAUUUACUGGUGUGAAUAUUGCACAUCUCGCACAAGUGGCUGGUUAUAGUUUAUGCGAGUUGAUCGACAAUCCAAAAAUUAAAAAUAUUAUAGCAAAUCCACCAAAGGAUCCACCUUACGAUCUCGUCAUUGUCGAGUUGUUUGCUGCCCAUUGUUAUUUAGCAUUUGGUCGUCAUUUAAAAGUACCAACUGUCGGUUUAAUGACCUCACCAUUCCACGAUUGGAAUAGUCAUUUGCUUGGUACACCUAAUGAAGCUGCUUACGUGCCAAACAUUUUCUCAAGUUUCAGUCAAAACAUGACAUUCGUUGAAAGAUUAACCAAUACUUUGAUGAUACAUUAUUUACAAAUGCAAAUGGAUUAUCAUACAAAUAAACAAAGUGAAUUAGUUAAAAAAUAUUUUAAUAUGGACACAACUAUAACAGAUCUAUUUAAAGAACUUUCAUUGGUAUUGGUUAAUUCUCAUCAUAGUUUACACGGAAUCAGAUCAUUUCCACAAUCUGUUAUUGAAGUUGGUGGAUUACAUUUGUCCAAUAAUAAUACCGAUCCACUUCAACCGGAAGUACAAAAAUGGUUGGACGAUAGCAAAGACGGAUGCAUUUAUUUCACUUUCGGUUCAAUGGUAAGAAUCGAAACAUUUUCGAAAGAAUUGAUGGAAAUAUUUUACAAAUCGUUUGAAAAAAUUGCACCAACAAGGGUAUUAAUGAAAGUUGCUAAAAAGGAAGAUUUGUUACCUGGUUUACCGAAAAAUGUUAUGACCCAAAGUUGGUUCUCACAAAUACCUGUACUGAAACACAAAAACAUACGAGGUUUCAUUACUCACGGUGGUCUUAUGGGAACUACAGAAUCAAUAUUUUGCGGAGUUCCCAUGAUAGGUAUACCACUUUUUGGCGAUCAAAAAGUAAACAUACAAAAUUAUGUUAAAAGAAACGUAGCCAUUUCCCUAGGAUCGAUACAAGAAGUUACUGAAGAAAAAUUGACCAAUGCCUUGAAAGCUAUUUUAAAUGAUCCAUCUUACAUGACAAACGUAAAAAAACUUUCAGAAACGUUUAACGAUCGAUCAGAACCAGCAUUAUCCAAGGCCAUGUAUUGGGUCGAAUACGUGGUAAAACAUAAAAAUAUUUUACAAUCACCGGCAAUUUUCAUGCCAUGGUGGCAAAGAAAUUUGUUUGACGUUUAUGGAAGUGUAGCUCUUGUCUUAAUUCUAGUCAUAUUAAUUAUAUAUUAUAUUAUCAAAUUUGUAUGGAAAUUUGUUACUAGAAAAAAUCAACAAAAGGUUGAG